AUGUCUUCGGGCGAACCAUGGACCAUCGCAAAUGUACAUAGAUGGACUUUGUCGAGGGAGACAAUAAGCCUAGCAUACGUUGUCGUCGCGGAAUUGAAAUCCUCUGCCUCGGAGAGGUCUUGUUGA